CUCAACAGCGUGCGUCCUGGGAAUUACGACGUUCAAGGAUUGAAAUAGUGAUUAUUUUCAUACUGUUACCUCUUCGUCAAUACACUUGCUGAAUUUUGGACUAUUUCCCUCGGAAAUAUCUCGAGGAAUUAAUUUUGGAGACAAGAUUUUGGCUGCUGAAUUGUGUCGCCGGUAGAGAGGUCCUCAAAGGUCCAUCGCUCCUAAUGCCCCCAGAGGUAAUCAGUCAGUUGGGAGGAAGAAUUCAGCCCAUACCUCUUAAAUUCAGAACCAUUCAGAAUCCUGUCCUGUCCUCUGAUUUGGGAUUCCUACUGGAUGUUCACUCUGUACCGAUUGGCUCAUCGAAUCCCGCCGUCGUUGUUGGACGAUUCAGAAGCUGAGGACUUUGCUGAGGACCACUGCGGGGGUCCACCCCCACCUCCCUCUCUUCUUCCUGAACCAUUGUGAACUUCGACGAUAGUGACUGAUUGGACACUGCACCUGCCGGUCUCAGCUGAUUCUAGACUACAGGGCUCCCGUGGAUCUCAGCCACACACCAUGACUUGCUGAAGCCCCCCUUGCUGCUACCCACCCCCCCCCCUUUUCCUCAUUGAAGAUGGUCCCUCCGGAACGGACAAGGUGGCGCCUCCUGCUGGCAGUCCUCAUACUCACUUCCUGUCUACUGUCCACCUCAGCCACGGCCCCGCCCUUCCCCAAAGACCUGGAGCCAAUCAAUGUUGUCCGAUGGGAGCACUCCUACCUGUACCCAGGGUUCCAGGGGCUGGUGUCGGACAACGACACAUUCAGACUAGGCCUGGACUUCCAGAGGAUGCUGAGGAUCAACCACAUGCUCUACAUCGCUGCCAGGGACCAUGUUUUUGCAGUAAACCUGACCACAGCUGGUGACGACUUCGUCCCCCAGCUGAAGCUGACAUGGAGGUCCAAGGAUGUUGCCAAGUGUACCGUGAGGGGUAGAAACAGCGAUGAAUGCUACAACUAUGUCAAAGUGCUGGUACCGCGGAACGACGAGACCCUGUUUGCUUGCGGCACUAAUGCCUUCAACCCCACCUGCCGUAACUACAAGAUGACCACCCUGGAGCAGGUUGGCGAAGAGGUGGUGGGUCAGGCGCGCUGUCCCUUCGAGUCGGGCCAAUCCAACCUCGGCCUCUUUGCUGGCGGUGAUUUCUACUCUGCCACCAUGACCGACUUCCUGGCCAGCGACGCUGUCAUCUAUCGUAGUCUUGGCGACGACAGCCCCGUCCUGCGGACCGUCAAGUACGACUCCAAGUGGCUCCGAGAGCCCCAUUUCCACCAUGCGAUCGAGUAUGGGAAUUAUGUCUACUUUUUCCUCAGUGAGAUUGCAGUGGAGUACACCACCCUGGGAAAGGUGGUGUUCUCUCGUGUGGCACGGGUGUGUAAGAACGACAACGGCGGCUCUCCUCGGGUGCUGGAGCGCUACUGGACCUCCUUCCUGAAGGCGCGGCUCAACUGCUCGGUGCCCGGCGACUCGUUCUUUUACUUCGACGUGCUGCAGUCGCUCACCAACGUGCUACAGAUCAACCAGCGCCCCGCGGUGGUGGGAGUGUUUACUACGCAAGCUAACAGUAUCCCUGGCUCAGCAGUGUGUGCCUUCUACAUGGAUGACAUAGAGAAGGCCUUUAAUGGGAAGUUUAAGGAGCAGAAAACCAGUGACUCAGCCUGGACCCCAGUACCAGAGGAACAGGUGCCCAAGCCUAGACCUGGUUCCUGUGCCGGUGACGGCCCGGCCUCUGCCUACAAGUCGUCCACCACCUUCCCCGACGACACGCUGACCUUCAUCAAGUCUUACCCUCUGAUGGACGAGGCGGUGCCCUCCGUCAACGACCGGCCCUGCUUCACCCGCACCACCAGCAGGUACAAGCUGACUCAGAUUGCGGUGGACACCUCUGCCGGGCCGUCUAAAGACCGCACUGUGGUCUUCCUGGGCUCGGAGGAUGGCAGGGUCCUGAAGGUGUUGUCCAGCACUCAUUCUAACGCCUCCUUUGGCUCCCAGCUCUUGGAGGACAUAGAUGUGUAUAACCCCUCAAUGUGUAACAUUCAGGGGCAGGAGGACCGGAGGAUUCUGGGAAUGGAGCUGGAUAAGGACCAUCAUGCCUUGUUCGUGGCCUUCACCAGCUGUGUCAUCAGAGUACCACUCAGCCGCUGCACUGAGCAUGGCGCCUGUAAAAAGAGUUGUCUGUCCUCCCGCGACCCAUACUGCAUCUGGCUCCGGACCGGGAGCUGUGCCAACAUGGCGCCAGGGUUCAAGGCUGGCUUUGAGCAGGACAUCGAGGGAGACCACUCACUGUACCCUGAGAACUGCCAUGCAGAUGUUCUGGCGACCAAGCGAAACCAGAACUCCGCGGCAGACUCAGCCUACGGUGUCCGAAGGCUACCUGACAUGGAGAAGUCCAGCCCCAGCAUCCACUACACGCUCCUGAUCGCCUGUGUCCUGGUGGCCUUCUUCCUCGGCGCCAUCCUCUCCGGCUUCCUGGUGUCAUGCUACUGCAGUCACAACGCCCGCCGUGCCCACCGGCUUGGCAAGGACCCUGAGGCAUCCCUCCACCCCGCCCUCUCGCUGCGCAGCCUGGCCAAGCUAAAUGGCCUGCUGGACGGCCAGCUGAAAGAGGAAAAGCUGGACGUGUCUACGCCCAAGAUGUACAGCUCCUUCGUUCCCAACGGGAAGGAGCACACUCCGGGCAGGCAUGGGAUGUCCCUGGGAGACCCGGACCUUAACCUCUCCCAGGGGGAGAACCUCUCGGGCCUGCCCACCCCGGACUCCACCCCGGAGCUGCCCAUCAAGAACAUGAAGGCCUUCCGGAACGAGUGGGAGAGGAACCAGAACUGCAACAACGCAAAGGAGUCUAAGGCACCGCCUGGCACUGGUUUCGGCCUGGGUUCGUCGAGGUCCAGCUCGGGGGUCACCCAGCAGGUGUUCCCCUUCUCCCACAGCCUGACCAAUGGCCAAGCCCUCGGGCACCUGCCCGAGGAGAGGAAGAUCCCCAACGACGAGCGUGCAAAGGGGGCUUCGGCCUCUCAGUCCUCCUCCUGCUACCCGCAGACGGUGGUGGAUGUGGCGGCCCUGGACGAGCUCCUCAAGCACAUCCACGAGGUCAGCGCCUCAGGCAGCCACAGCAUCACUGUGCUGACCUCACCGUGUGCUCCCCUGCCGGGUAGCUCCAGCUCCAGCCAUAACCACAGUCACAGCCAGAGCAGCUUCAGAUCCCAGCCCCAGAUCCCCGAGACGGAGUCGGCCCCGUACUACAGCUCCUCCACCCUGCCCAGGGACAGUCUGACCCGCCGCCUGGACGUGCCCCCAGACACUGCUGCCGCCUCCUCAGCUGGCGCCACCCCGCUGCAGCAGCAGUCCAUCCCCGAGCGGGGCUCAGUGACUCGCCACCACUCCCAGAGGCAUUUAAUGAUCAAGAUGGGCAACGGAGGGGCCGUCCCGCGCCAGCACAGCUUCAGACAGGGCGGGGUUGGGCCACCACCCCACCAGCUGCUCACCCGGAUGAACUCUGGAGGUGGUGGCGGGGGAGGGGUUGGCUUUGAGGCCCACCGGCCACUCAUCCCCAGUGCCUGCCUGACACGGCAGCACAGCUACAGCGAACCGCCCCACCUCCACCGCGCCGCCAUCGUACGCCGCACGGCCUCCCUCAAGCCCCAGGUACCCCCCAAGCCCCUCUUCCUGCCCGCCACUUCGCCUGUAAACGAGCAAGACAAUUAUAACUACUGAGAGCUAGGAGUCGGACCGAGAGGCUCCGAAACGACAGACGAUGUAACCGCGCUCCUCUCAGAGUUAGGGCAACUCCCCGGCGACGGGGGCGAUUGAGUGGGGUUCGAGGGGGCAACAACCGGGACUGGCAUAUCUUUUGACGAGACUGCCGACAAUAGCCUCCACACCUGAUGAAUGUCCUUAUACCAUAUUGGUAUUAUUGCAAUGCUACUUGAUCACAGGACAGUGAUGGAUUAACAGCAUAUAGAACAUGUGGUAGUAAUAAAUUGACUUGGAGGAUCUGUACCCUCGUUUGAGGCCAAAGAAUAAAGUAACGGGCCCAAAACUCAAUGUAAAGGACAGAUCGCAAGUCGGCCACCAAAGCUGGGAACAAUGCCUGCUUUAGCUUGGACCCAAGGCCUCAACUUAAGAGAGCACCUCACGACACAAACAGUGCUCAUCCUGCCUGUAAUGUAUGUAUACUGUAUGCGUGUGUGUAUACAUGUAUAUGCACUUCAUGUUAAGAUACCAGAGGGCAGAACCAUGAAGCAGCUACAUUGACUGUGGUGAGACGGUCAACUCCUAGCCAUUUCUUAACCGUCUUAUGACAGAGAUACCAUGGAGGCCCCACUCAGUACACACAUUCGGUAUAUACAUUCCUCGACAAGGGAUUAAGCAAUAACUUACCGUUGUGUAGUUAAGUAUCAACUGUACCCCUUGAUAUAAGGGUAAGUAUUAUACUUCUUGCAGCAUACCAUAAGAAAAGACCACUUUGAUAAUGCUUGGAAAAUGAUUAAUUCUGUAUUAGUGGAAUGAUGCUGAGGAACGAGACACAUGGCGUCAGUAUAGACCCAUCAUGCAUCACAGCGUUACUAUUAUGUUUGUCACUGGUGGAUGGGGGCUCGGCUGGCCUGUGAUAGGAGGCCGCCUCGGGGCCUGAUGAGUUAGGAGAAUCGUUGCCCUGCAUUUGGAAUUCUUACUUUUUGGACAUAAAUGCUACGAUAACUCCAGAGGAAUUUAACAAGCCCUCAAUAUGACUGUCAUUGUCAUUCAAGAAGAGGAUGCAGUGCACUGCAACCUCGAAAAUAAUUAGUUUCAUCCUUAACACUUAGUGAGAAUUGGUUCCACAUUGAGGUGCAAUCAUUCAGGCUAUGUAUUAUAUUAGCAACAUAAAAUUAUAUUUAAAAAGUCAAGUCUUAAAGCGGAGCCCCAAGAAAUCACUCACGGGCACAUAGCGCCCUCUUAUGGACAAGCCCUUAAUAACUGUGUAAUAAAGUCAGUAAUUAUGUUUACCAUAUUGCUAUUAACAUUGUGGAUGUUGUUGUAAAUAAAGGCAUCUGUGGAAUAAUACUAGCCAAACUUUGAUUUGUAUGUGUUAAUGUGUGCCUUAUUUAAUAAUGUGGUGUGGAAAAGGGGAAAAAAAGUCUGUUUUUGUCUCCAUCGUUCUGUUGUCAUUACAAAUUCAUUUAAAAUCUGUCCUCCUGCACGGACUCCAUAUCAGAGGUUCUAUUUCUGCUGACAGUUGUUUUUAAAAAAUGCAUUCGUCUUUUUUUUGUUUCAUGCUCUUUAAGCUUCUUUAUAUACUGUAUAUUUAAUGACAAAGGAGCUAGAUGGAAAAGAUGAGUAGAUCUGAAAGUAUAUCAGCCAUGUUAGGUCAGUGUCAUGUUUCUGAAAGAGCUCUCAAAUAUGUUUGAAAUGGUAUGGACAUAGGCUGAGGCAUAACUCUGCUUUACAAAGAAAUUGUAUUUAAUAAGGGCUCUAUUCAGUCUGUAAAGCUGAAGCGUUACCGAUUCCGAUAGAGUUGUUAAGGUAAUUUCCCAUUGAGCCGACAUGCGCAGCGUGAAUGCAGUGUCUGCUAAAGCGGGAAUAUUGCCUUUUAAAUUUCAAUCACGCUGUAAAGCAGAAUUUCGGAAUGCGGAUUAAAUAUAGCCCCAAGUGUGGGGCGAAAGAGGCUGGCUGAGGGACUUGCAAAUGAAAAUGCAGCAAGAAGGGCUGGAUGGUUGAUUGUCUGGUCCAACAAGUAUGCUAUUCAAAUGAAGCUCAGGAUUGUAGGUGUCUGAAGAUGCCUGAAGUGAUGCCUACAGUGAGCUAACAGUGCCCAUAGGUUCAGUUAUUUCUUUGCUAUUACUGUAAAAGGAAAAUUCCAAAAAUUCCACCCAAAAACUAUCUUUUGGUAUUAGUUUCAUUAGUCUAUUGUUGAUCUAGUCCCCAAAAUGUUUUGCAUGUCAGCAAUCAAGUUCAUACGGCUGUAUUUCUGUGUUUUUAAAGUUAUAGCUUAACUUGAUUGCUGACAGUCCCAAAAUGUUUGCAUAUGUCAACAAUGGACUAAUGAAACAAAUACCAAAAGCUAGUUUUGGGGUGGAAUUUUCCUUUAAAUAGAGAAAUAGCACCUGCAGCAUCUGUGUGUGCAAGGAACCAAGACUUUGUUUUACGUUGAGGUUAACAAGUGAGUUGAUUGAGUGUGUGCAUAGCACUGGCACCUUCUCUGCCUCAAGAAAUAUCAAAUAAUUCAAUGCUAAUGUCAGUUGCAAGACACGUCAUGAAAUGCCUACAACACUAAAACCACGUUAUCUAUAUCCCCUCAUCUGGCCGCCUUGACAGAAAAAAGUUGAGUCGGGCGCUAGAAUAGAUUAAUGUAAACUGGUUACAUUUGAGUACUGUAUGCCAAUAUUGAGUUUAUAUGCAAUGUAUGCGUUUUCAAUUGCUAUAAAAAUCCCUUCAGAAGAAUGCUCUCUGACAUGCAUCUAAAAUGUAUUUCAUUUGACAUCUUAUUAAUGUAUCAUACCCCUCACUCACUUGACCAAUGAGGUUUACUUUUUUUGUAAAUAUAGCAAACCAGCAGUCACUUGCAUCUCCAUGGUGAUUUCAUUUAUUUUUACAAGUGGACUAUGCCCCAGAUGCUCCUGAGUUCUAUUAAACACAGCUGUAUGUCCGCUACAAUUAAAGAUAUCUAAUAAAAUGAUCUUCAAAUGCA